GGUGAUUGAACUCACGUCCACGGCCCAAGCCAUGCGCCAAUCAGCCCGGCGCACUGCCCCGCCCAGCAAAGGGCCUGCAACUGGCCGAUCUUGCAUCGCUCGAUAGCCGUACGAGCAUAUAGGCGACGGCGAUUCCACAUACCCAGCAGUGAUUCAGACACCCGGUCAUCCUACUCAAAGUCACCUACAAGCCCUAUCAUGAGCGCAGAUCACCUAACACCCGAAUCUCUCCCCACUGCUCCUUCCUGCUACUUCAGCAUCCUGCCGGCCGUCCACUUCUCUCUCGAGACUCCCUCUCACAGCCCCAUCUCCGACUACCAACCCUACACUCCCUCGGACCCCACCCAUCCGCUGCUGGCCUUCCGCCCAGCACCACCUCUCUACAUGACGAGCCCUUCAGACGCAUCGCGUCUGCUGCAGCUGCAAACCCAGGCCGCCCACCGCCCGGCCCCUGAGCCCAUCCAGCAACAGCGCACCUCGAGCACCUCGUCUUCCAGCUCAAACAGCUCCACCUCCAGCAUGGGUCUUGGCUCCCCCUCAACUCUCUCCUGCUGCCGCUGUCGCCGCGAGUGCCUGGCGAACAUGUACCAGAUCGGCACCAACCGCUACUACUGCAGCCACUGCGCACGGAUGACCGGCUACAGCGCUGGCUGAAACCCACCACCCAGCCUCCUAUCUACUUUCUCUACACUAUUAUUGCCUAGCCAAUAACCGCGACUACCGACAACCACUCCCGUCGCCCAAACCAUUACACGCAUACAUAGACAUCCGCUGUCACCCCUCGCCUCUAUCGCCGUUUUGCUUUCACGCCGCGGCCGGGAGCUCCACAGGAGCCACGGGGAAAUGUACCUGCAAGAUUGCCCUUUGGCACAUCUCGCUGAAGACGCCCAUGGGCGCACUGUUCGCCUUGUCCGAAUUGCCGACGUCUCGAGGACAUCGGCCAACAACUGGCAUAGUCAAUCGCACUAUGAGGAGGUAAUCAUGAAGCUGGCCUUUAGGUUACCACGCUGCAACAGCUGGCCUGCACGGCGAUUUGAGCAUAUGAUACCCCAUUUGUACAAUAUCCUAGCAUCAGUCGCGCAAUGCGCUAAUAGCAAAUACGAUUUUUCGCACCCACAACAUUCCACGCUAUGCAUCGUG